AUGAAGUUCUCCCCAGUAGCUCUCGCACUUCUUCUUCGAGGAGUUCAAUCGAGAGCCGUGUGCAAUGAUGGCAGAAACGGCACUCAGACACCAGACUUACCGAUUGUCGACUUGCCUCAUGCCGACGCAGGCACCUACAACUUCUCGAACAUCCGCUUCGCCGAACCGCCCGUAGGCGACCUCCGAUUCCGAGCUCCUGUGCCCGUCAAAGUUUCUAACACCAGUUACGUUGUUAAUAAUGGCUCGGUCGGCGCCGUUUGCCCUCAGCCCUUCACUCUUUUCAACGAUACGGCGGUGACACAGUGGAUCCUCUCCUACAUCAGCGGUACGGCUGCCAACCAGACUGAACCGCCCGCCGACCCUCGCAUCUCAGAGGACUGCUUGUUUCUUGAUGUUAUCGUGCCGAAGAAGAUCUAUGACAAUCGCGGAUCUGGCGCCGGGGCACCGGUGUUGGUCUGGAUCUAUGGCGGAGGGUACCUGAUUGGAGAAAAGACCGGAUUGGGGCUGCAUAAUCCAAGCGGCUUACUGCAAGCCAGUGAGGGCCUUGGCGAUGAUGGCUUCAUCUUCGUUGCUAUGAACUACAGGCUCGGAGCCUUUGGUUUCUUGGGUGGCCCUACAGUAGAGGCCGAGGGAACCCCUAAUGCGGGCUUAUACGACCAAAGGUUGGCCCUGGAAUUCGUCAAAGAGAACAUCCAUCUCUUCGGUGGGUCUCCAGACCGCGUGACGGUAAUGGGCGAGAGUGCAGGCGGCGGGUCCAUCAUUCACCAGUUGACGGCCUUUGGUGGUGAGCAAGGUCCGGCCCCUUUCCAGCAGAUCAUCACUCAGUCCACCGGCUUCGUUCCGGCGCGGUCCAGUGCAGCACUCGAGGAUGUCGUCCAGACCGUGCUGAGCGCUGCAAAUGUCUCUUCAUUCGAAGCAUUGCGCAAGUUGCCGUCGGACGUCCUCAUCGCCGUCAACAACAUUGUCACCCGCCAGCUGUACCAAGGCGCUUUCCACCCAGCCGUCGAUGGUGUCUUUGUUCCCGAGGAGCCUGCGCGAAUGUUGCUUAGCGGCGAGUUCGACCACGUUCGUGCACUGAUUGGCACCAACGCCAACGAAGGUAUCCUCUUUGGCGACCCUAGAAUCAACACCACCGAGGCCUACUCCGAGUACGUGCGCACUCUUGUUGCCGGCAUCAGCAACGACAGCGCUACCGCCCUGGAGGAAGAGGUGUAUCCUCCCAUUUUCGAUGGGUCUCAAGGCUACACCGACAACUUCGAGCGGGCCUACCAGAGCUUUGGGGAGUUUUGCUUCACCUGCAACCAGCCCUUCACAUCGCGUGGCUUGGGGAAUGCUACGUACAACUAUCAGUUUGCAGCCUCACCCGGUGUCCACGGUCAAGAUCUUGGUUUCACUUUCUAUCGUGGUGAAGCGAUUGACCCAGCUGGAGCUCCCUUCCCACCUACUACAGGCGUUGACGUUGCGGUUUCAAGGGUUCUUCAGUCUUGGAUCGCUAGCUUUGUCACGAGCGGAGUGCCGACUGCACCGAAUGUAAUUGGUUUCGAGCCAUACGGUGCCAAGGGCAACCUUCUUGUUUUGGGUGAAGCUAAUAACUCAACGCAUGUUGCUAGGGGCAUCGAUCCGACUAUUGCUCGGGGUAGAUGUGACUGGUUGGCCAAGCGCAUCAUUGACGAGACUCUGCUCGAGGCCAAUUGA